AUGUCAAUUAGUGAAAGAAUUGCAUGCAUCCGACAGAAUAGUUUAAAUUGGAGAGAACGUGUUGAACGUCCAUCACCAAAUGAAGAGACUACUUGUGAUAUUAAUAAAAUUCGAAUGUCAUUGUAUGAAAACCAAGAGUCAUGGAGGAAACGUGCUGAAUCGCGAAAUGAAGAAGAGUCAAUGCAAUGCCUGAAAGAAUUAAAAAAU